AUGAGUGCAGCAAGUUCUAGCAGCGAUCACUCUGGGUCCUUUUCCAGCACUAAGACGGGGCAGGAUGGACCUAGGGCCAUUGGUGACGCAAAUACGGAGAGGUAUGAUAUUCUCACUUUCUUCGCUCAGUUUGUGUCAAUCCUGGGCCACAGUCCGGCAGCAGUAGAUCAAGUAUAUCUCCUCAUGAUCUUCCUGGACGAGUUGACAUACCAGCUUCCUCGAGAACGCGGUUCCGGAAGAACCAGCCGAGUAGCCGUCGUCAAGUCCGAAGCUAUUCUCGAACGCGGGAUAUACCGCCAUGACAAACCCAUCCUGCCAGAGCUCAUCGCUGUGAAAAUGACGAAGGCGAGCACAAUUGAAGGGGCAACGAGCGUUGACCAGACAUUGCUUCGGUCCAUGGCCACGGAGUUGCGCAUCCUGAGCAACGACACCAUUCGGUCGCACGACAACAUCAUUACCCUGCUUGGUAUAUGCUGGCAGCAGAGUAACGAGAACCAGGACGUGCUGCUGCCCGUAUUUGUCUACGAAACAUCUGAACUCGGCGAUCUGAAGACGUGGCUUCCAGAGAACAAAGACAUCGCACUCGGCGUCCAGCUCGACUUGUGCCUCGGCAUUGCCCGCGGCUUGGCCUGCUUGCACGAAGCAGGUGUUGUACAUUGCGAUAUCAAGCCCGAUAAUAUUCUGGUCGUCUGGCAGGACGAUCCCAAAAGCUCCAUCGUUGCCAAGAUUAUCGAUUUUAACAUCGCUGUCUUGUUUCAAGAUGCACCAGAUCGUGUACCUCUGCCCGCAGGCACGAGCCCCUGGAACUCGCCGGAGCAGAUGACAAGUACAUUCAUAUACAAGGGGGAUCUACCUAAAGUGGACGUCUACUCACUCGGGGUCCUCCUGCUGAAUAUUCUGACUGUCGACUGCUUGAAUACAAUACUGAAUUUCAUCGCCACCGGUGGGAUAGAAGGCCAGACUUUGCUAGACUUCAAGCUAUCUGGCGCUCUGGCGCUAAAUUCUGGCAGUUUACUUGGAGAGUUUGGCCUGGUCAGUGGGCCGGAAGUCUAUACCACUCAUGUCGGUGACUUCAGGCGAUGUUGGGCCAAGUCCAGCCUUCUCCUCUUCGGGGCAUUGGAUGGGGACUUGCGGCACAGGACAGGCUCGGUCGCCCAAAUCGUUGACGAGCUCGCAAGAAUCAAUAAAGAUGCCGAGGAAUAUGGGUUGCGAGACUACACGAACCGCGACCUCCAUAUCGUGGCCAGGGCCGCUGAGACGUUGCAAAUGGUUACAAAUCCAGGUGAGCAGCGAUGCCAAGUCAGCAACUCGUAA